AUGAGAGAUUUGUACAUGAAGAAUGGUCAAGGUUUUGUACUUGUGUACUCCAUCACAGCACAGUCGACGUUCAAUGACCUCCAGGACUUAAGAGAACAGAUUUUACGAGUCAAGGACACAAGUGAUGUAAGUGAUCAACAAGUCAACAACUUCUCUCCACUACUUCUACUGGACAUUUUAUAGGGGCACAGGGCUCGAACUUAAAAAAAUCCUCAGUUUACCUUUUGCUACCAACUGGAGAAAUAUAGUCGUCAGAUGCAAAUUUUCAGUGGCCAGUUUGUAUAAUGUAAACGACACAGCUCACAGUAUGGCGUGAUCUGUCAGAUUUGAUUGUUUGAAAAUGUCGCAAACAGAAGUCAGUAUAAAUUUGGUGGUAAACUGGCUUUGUUUUUGUGAUUUGGCGCAUUUCUUAUGACAAAAGUAUAACAAGAUAAGAUGAAAUCUUUCUUUUAACUUUACUCUUUAAAUUUCAAUCUAAAUCAUAGAGAAAUGUGGUCACCAAAGUGGUGACUAAAACAGAAUUCUUAGUCGCCUAGGAGAAAAUGUUAGUCGCAGUGGCGACUAAUUGUUUUCUUUGCUUGAGAAUAAGAAAUAAUUUUUGUAUCAAUGACUUUGCACUUAGUCUUGCUUUGAAAUCAUGGGUUCAGGCAACUUGAAAAUGGCCUUUUCGAUAUUCUCAUUGAAGGGUCUGAUUUGACCACGGGGGGUGGUGGCUACUCCUGGAAAUUCUUGGUGGGGUUUUGCGCUCGGUUCUCCAAAUCCUGACCCUAUUUCAGACCAAAGAAUGUCAUUUUCCACACCCACUUUCUGACGUGGCGUCUAAAAUCCAUACCCAUUUUUAGACCUGGGCUGUAAGAAAUUAUGUCAUCAUUACUUAGAUUAGAACUUAGACAAAAAGAUUUCUUAAAUGCGUUUUGAAUUUGCGUAUAUCUCUUUCUUUCUCAUUCAUUUGGAAUUGAAACAUACACGCCUGUUGUUCCCUUGAAAACCAUACCCAAUUCCAGACCAAAAUAGGCACAAUUUAUACCCGUUUUCAGACCGAAGAGAUAAAAACCAUACCCUUUGGGGCGGCACAUAUCCAUAUGACUUAUGUAUAAGAAAGUACCCCCCAGGGAUUUGACUUUAUUUUGAUAUCUCUAUUUAGGUGCCAAUGGUCCUUGUUGGAAACAAAUGUGAUUUGGAAGAUGAAAGAGUUGUUGGAAAAGACCAAGGACAGAAUUUAGCAAAAACUUUUAAUAACUGGUAAGCUAGUUGUUAUGUGGCAGUGCCUUGCAUGGGUUGAGUGUCCCAUUCUCGCCUUUCUUUUUUGGGCAUCCAUUUUUCCUUUGUUAAAUAUUUUAUUAUGUAUAUAAGUUUGCUAUUCAUAUUGUGUGUUUAAUGUAUUUCCCAAUUAAGUACGUUGGUGGUCAAAACUAAGAUGGAUAUAGAUGGUUUAGUUCAAUUCCAUCCUUGGUUUAAAUGUUAUUUUCAUUUGUUUUGGGGUAUGGUAAUAUAUGAUAAUGAGUUUGGAACAAGGAAAUAAAAUUUAAACCCUUUGAUAAAAUUGAAUCACAACAUAGACCCUACUAGUGUAGUCUCCCUUUAAGGGUAAGCAAGUCUAUUUCCCUCUUUGUUGGAGACUCAUAUUGCCUAUUGUUAUUGUACUUGCCUUGUGGCAAACAGGACGUCGCCACACCACUUGCUUUCAAUGGCAAAGCAGGUCCAUUGGUAAUAUUUUAGUUUAUUAUAUUUUUCAGUGCCUUUCUGGAAACAUCAGCGAAAUCAAAGAUCAACGUCAAUGAAAUCUUUUACGAUCUGGUCAGACAAAUAAACAGAAAGACACCAGAAGCGAAGAAGAAGAAAAGUAAAAAAGGCUGUGUUCUUCUGUAA